CCCCGCCUCACUCUUUGCAGGACGUCACCGCGGACUGCAGGGGCCUGAGCCGCUGCUGCCGCCGCCGCUGCCCCUGUCGCGCAGCCCCAUAUCAACUCACGGGGGCCCUGUCACCACAGCUGCCGAAAAGUCGCCAUCGCUAGGGUCACCACCGCAUCGGUGCAGGGCAAGAUGGCGUCCGCCACAGACUCACGCUAUGGGCAGAAGGAGUCCUCGGACCAGAACUUCGACUACAUGUUCAAGAUCCUCAUCAUUGGCAACAGCAGCGUGGGCAAGACGUCUUUCCUAUUCCGCUAUGCAGACGAUUCCUUCACGCCUGCUUUUGUCAGCACUGUGGGCAUAGACUUCAAGGUCAAGACCAUCUACCGCAACGACAAGAGGAUCAAGCUGCAGAUCUGGGACACAGCAGGGCAAGAGCGAUACCGGACCAUCACCACGGCCUACUACCGGGGUGCCAUGGGCUUUAUCCUCAUGUACGACAUUACCAACGAGGAGUCCUUCAACGCCGUGCAGGACUGGUCGACCCAGAUCAAGACCUACUCAUGGGACAAUGCCCAGGUGCUGCUGGUGGGGAACAAGUGUGACAUGGAAGAUGAACGGGUGGUGUCGUCGGAACGUGGCCGGCAGUUGGCUGACCACCUUGGCUUUGAGUUCUUUGAGGCAAGCGCCAAGGACAACAUUAAUGUCAAGCAGACCUUUGAGCGCCUGGUGGACGUCAUCUGUGAGAAGAUGUCCGAGUCAUUGGACACGGCCGACCCUGCAGUCACGGGUGCCAAGCAGGGCCCACAGCUCACGGACCAGCAGGCGCCUCCGCACCAGGACUGCGCCUGCUGAGAGCUGCCCUGCCCCCACCCCCGCCCUCCCCACCCCCCGGGCCUGAUCCAGCCCCCACUGGCCGAGGGCGCGAGACCUCUGCCCCCACUUGGCCCCUCACCCUUAUUUAUUAUUGUAGUUAUUUAUUUAUUUAUUGGAGAUGUCCCCCAGGGGCACGGGCUCCCUGCCCAUCCCACGUCCCACCCUGUACAUACAGCCCUGUCCCCACUCUGCCGUGGCGUGUCGUGGCCCUGUGAACUCACCGCUUCCCCUCCUCUCAAGACCCCACCUUUUUUAAAAUUCACCCCCCAUCGAGAGUUACUGGUUUUGAAGAGGGGGCCCGAUGACACCCCAGGGCAGGCUCAUUGGGUGAUGGGAGGUAGUCUGGUUGGCCAGCCUCUUGGCUGUGACUCGCCGGGCCAAGGCCACUGCGGGGGGGGGGGGGGGUCUCAGCAUGGACCAUGGGGUGGAUCAGAGCCAGGCAGUGACCCACCUGGCUCCUCACCCCCAAAGUUUUACCCUUUUUUAGAGGUGAGGGCUGCUGUGGGUACUCGCCACCCUGGGACCCCCCCGAAACACCAGACCUGCUCGGACGUCAUGAGUGUCAAACGUGCCCCUCAGAUCCCCAGGAGAUGUCAUGACCACACUACACACACCCAAUAAAGUGAAUGGAUGACGCCA